GGAACAGUGAGGUGAGUGUUGUGGGGAACAAAUGUAAAUAAACUCCGACGUUCAACACAGACUUUCUAAAGAGUGUUAAAGGGUUAAAUCAUGUUUGGUUAACGGUCACAAAAAGCGGUUAAAGAUGACUUCUUGGAGUGAUCGCCUUCAGAACUACUCAGAACUUCCUGCCAACAUGGACGGCAUGUCUAUGAAGAAGUACAGGCGAGAGGCUUAUCACAGAGUUUUUGUCAACAGAAGUUUAGCAAUGGAGAAGAUUAAAUGCUUUGGCUUUGAUAUGGAUUACACUCUAGCAGUGUAUAAGUCUCCAGAGUAUGAAUCCCUUGGAUUUGACCUGACAGUGGAGAGGUUGGUUUCCAUUGGUUAUCCACAAGAACUUCUCAAUUUUGUCUAUGACCCGACCUUCCCAACCAGAGGCCUGGUAUUUGAUACAUUAUAUGGUAAUCUGUUAAAAGUAGAUGCCUAUGGCAACAUUUUGGUAUGUGCCCAUGGGUUUAACUUCAUGCGGCCAGAGAUUAGGGAAUUAUAUCCAAAUAAGUUCAUCCAGCGUGGUGAUACAGAGCGAUUCUACAUCCUAAAUACGCUGUUUAACCUCCCUGAGACCUACCUUUUUGCCUGCUUGGUUGAUUUCUUCACCAGCUGCCCCAGAUAUACUAGCUGUGAGACUGGUUUUAAGGAUGGCGAUCUCUUCAUGUCCUUCAAGAGUAUGUUCCAAGAUGUGCGAGAUGCAGUUGACUGGGUCCAUUUCAAGGGUUCCCUGAAAGAGAAGACUGUUGAAAACUUAGAGAAAUAUGUGGUGAAAGAUGCCAAGUUACCCUUGCUUCUUAGUCGCAUGAAGGAAGUUUCCAAAGUCUUCCUGGCCACUAACAGUGACUACAAAUAUACUGAUAAAAUUAUGACAUACCUGUUUGACUUCCCUCAUGGUCCAAAAGUUGGCACACUUCAUCGGCCUUGGCAAUCCUACUUUGACCUCAUUCUGGUUGAUGCCAGGAAGCCUAUGUUUUUUGGAGAGGGAACAGUCCUGAGACAAGUAGAUACAACCACUGGGAGACUUAAGAUUGGGACUUACACAGGACCACUGCAGCAUGGCAUUGUGUACUCUGGUGGAUCCUCAGACAUUGUGUGUGAUCUAUUGGGGGCUAAAGGAAAAGACAUCCUGUACAUCGGUGACCACAUUUUUGGUGACAUUCUCAAGUCUAAGAAGCGUCAGGGUUGGAGAACGUUCCUUGUGAUUCCUGAGUUGGCUCAAGAGCUACAUGUCUGGACUGACAAGAGUCCACUUUUUGAGGAACUGCAGAGUCUGGAUAUUUUCCUGGCAGAACUUUACAAGCAUUUGGACAGCAGCAGUAACGAGAGACCCGACAUUAGUUCACUUCAGAGGCGGAUUAAGAAAGUAACCCAUGAUAUGGAUAUGUGCUACGGGAUGAUGGGAAGUCUAUUUCGUAGUGGCUCUCGGCAGACCCUGUUUGCUUCUCAGGUGAUGCGAUAUGCUGAUCUGUAUGCUGCCUCCUUCAUUAACCUACUCUACUACCCCUUCAGCUACCUGUUCCGAGCUGCACAUGUGCUGAUGCCACAUGAGUCCACUGUAGAACACACUCACGUGGAUACCAAUGACACUGAAUCUCCCAUGGCAACACGCAACCGCCACUCUGUGGACUACAGAGACCACGAGUGUAAGAAGCACCAGCUGACCCGCUCCAUCAGCGAGAUUCAGCCUCCUCACUUGUUCCCACAGACACCACAAGAGAUCACACACUGCCACGAUGAAGACGACGAUGAGGAAGAGGAAGAAGAGUAAUAUUGUUCCAGUUAUAAAUGUAACAAGAAGUGAGUCUUUUGGGACCUACACAUUACCAAGAAAUCAGAUGAUGAUUAUGAAUUUGUAGUUCAUAGAAGAUCUUUAUACUUGGAUAUGUUUGUUGUUUUUUCCAGUUGUGCGUCCUAAAUCAUAUAUAUUUUUAAGAUAAAAUUUAUGUUGUGUAUAAAAGCUAAAAGCUUUAAGGGUGCCUUUUGUUGUUCAGGCAAUCUUGAUGAGUGACCCACAGUGUGACCAUCAGAGACCGGCUUCCUCUCUCAAGGCAGAGAAGGCAGCAUCAGCCUUCUUUCUUAAAUCAGUGGAAACAUUCAGUUUUUUUGUAAUCUCAUACAAUGACUGACUUUGCAUGAUAUUAAGGGAACUAUUGCAGUAUUUGCAUUACAGGAUUUUCAUUUUAAGCAUUACGUAUUAUGUGGCAGGUUCCAUUCAAAAUUAACCCACACUGUGUGGUGGGAUCUGUACUCAUCUCACAUAGACAACCAAAGCUUACAGAUGUUUAGCAGAGACAACACGCAUAAUGCUUUCCCCAGAAACUGUGUGCUCACAGAGUGUUAAAACAAUACAUUGAAUAGGUGAGCUGUUAAAACCUAGCGUUUGGAUCACUUUUAAAAUUGUGUUAAACUACUGAAGUAUAAUUAUAUCUUCGGAUUGAGAGCACGAAGACUCUCAUACUAUGCACCUGUUUUGUCUUGAAUGCAGCCAAAGGGUUUGAAUUAAUCGACGAGUGCACAAGGAGGGCCACCAUAAGUGAGGAUAUCUGUGAGAGCUUUAACGCUUCAGCUGCUGUAAUGUAGUAUGUAAACUAGUGAGGGAAUAAGAAUUUGGGCCACUGUGAUUUUUUUUUUUCUUCUCUUUUCUCCUCUCUCUUCUCCUUCCUUCACGUGUAUUGUGGUCCAGCUAUACACAGUACUAAAAUGACUUGACCCGGUAUGUAGACCUGAAUCAGCUAUUUUUAUUACAGAUUUAGAAAUUAUUUUUUUGCAAAAAUUGAUGCCAACUGUAGUAGUAAGUAAAAGUAAGGAUUUUUUUUUUUAAUUAGCUAUAAUUAUUUGCUUGCUAAUGAUGGACAAAUGGGUCAGAUAGAAUUUGACUAAUAAGCAUGCUUCAGGGAAGCAUAUUUGUUUUUGAUUAAUUCAUAGACAUGGUUUCUUGGCCCAUGUCCUGCUUUGACCUGAGCUGCCUUUUGGAUACAUGUAGACAUUAAUUUAACCCUGUACUAAAAUAUGCUCAUUUAUACCAUAUCAAUAUGUCAAAUAAUCUAGUCUAGAGUCUAAAAUAGUCUAGUUUUCUUCAGAUUUGUUUAUUUUUAAAACGUUAUUACCUUGCUAUUAAACGGUUAGUUUUAACAUGCUGCAACAAUGUACUGUACAUGUCCCUGAAAUUCAAUGCAUGCUCUUUGAGUGCUUUUGGAUAAGAUCAAAAGUUUCAGAAUUUAUAAAAUAUGAAACAUAGUUGAUCAUGAUUAAGAUGGUUUGCAUUAGAAGUUAAGAGUGUAACAGUAAACUGUAACUAUGGCCUGCUUUCUUAAAUAGCUGUGUUCAGGACUCCCAGCUUAUAAAAUGAUUUUUGGUUAACCUUUUUUGACUUGUGUUGGUUAUAUCCCAGUUGCCUUUCAGGCAGUUUUUUAAAAUCUGGCAUGUAGUUUAAUCAUGUUUUUAAUAGAGGGCAUUGCUUAAUUAGCAUGUUAGUUAUUUCACAGCACUUUUACAGUCAGGAGCGUUUUGAACUGUUUACUGUGCAAACAUUAAAACUGCCUUCAUUGGUGUUCCUAAACAUGUAACCACUGGAGCAUGCGCUCAUUUUAACGUGCACAUUAGCCUCUUUUUCCAGACAGCAGUACCACCUCGACAAUGUCACGGAAACUGCUUUAUAUUAUGGAGUUUGUGACAGCAUGUUUAACGGCAUGUAAUGAGUGACGCACAUGUAAAGAAUUGUGAAGUCCAUGCUGCAUGCAGCCACGUCCUCAGUGACUCUGGGCCUUAUCCAGAUGCAAUCACAACCAGCUUGCAUAAAUAGUAGCUCGACUUUUCUAGUUGCUUGGAUUUCUCAAUGGUUUUGUACUAAACUACUUACCACAAACUGGGGAUGGAAAGAUGGUUACUGGAGUGCAGCUCCAGGUGUAUGUAAAUAACAGUUCUACUAUUUUGGUAAAUUAAAAGCAUUAACAAAGUGGUGGUGUUUAAAAAGCAGCACAGAGAUAAAACAACGGUCACGUUACCUGAAAUCAUGCCUUGGACAGAAACUGUUUUUUGUUGUUGUUCACCUAUUUUCUGUUUCAAACAUUGAAGUUGUGUUAUGUUUUUGCCUUGCAGAAUGCAACAAGUCUGUAAUUUUACUCUUUAAAUAAAGUGUUUUGCGAUCAAACCUGUUGCAAUCGGUCACACACUGGAAACCCGGAAUCAUUCAGAAACAAACAAACAAAACAAUUUGGCUAAUUCAAGCUAGAAUAAUGUUAGCUGAAUGAUAACCUGGCAAUAAUAAAGUAAUUGAUAAAAUAUGUACUUUUAUAGCACAGAUACAAUGAGGUUAUUUCCAAAGCUGUUAAGAAUUUUUCAGUGCUCUUUUGAUUCCUGACAGAAUUGCAUAGCAAAUUAAACCCUCAAUUACAACGUUCUGAUGUAAAAUGUAUUACUAAAAUCUGAAUUCUUCUCAGUAGAAUAUGCUUGAAUGAAUUUACAUUGAAUAAAAGUCAAUUUUUUUCCCCA